CAAGACCGACUGGUUACAGGCCAGCAGGUGGACCUGAGGAUUGCUACGGGAGAGAAGGUGGCGGGCACGUGUCUCGCCUAGGCCUUUUCUCACCCAUCCGUGAGCUUCUUCCAGUCUGGGUACCGGGGACAGCCCAGUCUUGUCUGAGAACCUUCAUGGGGCAGAGACGCGGGUUUUCCUUAUUCAUUCGAACACCUAUCAACGAGGACCCCACCCACAGACUUACCCCGCCUUCUUCGGCUCCGCCUAUUUCGUUCUCGGAAGUGGACGAGCCAGCGGCUCCCGCAAAGCACGCCGGGUGUUGUAGUUCCGGAAACCAAGCCUGGUUGCACGGAGGCAUGUGGCCCAGAGUGUUGCUGAGGGACGGGCGGGCAGCUGCGGGCGGGUGCCGGGCUAUCUUGUCUCGCUUCGCCGUGCGUUUCUCCCCGCCAUGGAGUACUGGGAGCGAUUCACCCCUGCGAAGCAACCUGCAUGGAACUGCGACGCGAGCUUUCCCACUCAUCCCUAUAGUGGUGGAGCAGACGGGUCGAGGCGAGCGCGCUUAUGACAUAUACUCGAGGCUGUUGCGGGAACGCAUCGUGUGCGUCAUGGGCCCGAUUGAUGACAGCGUGGCCAGCCUGGUCAUCGCCCAGCUGUUGUUCUUACAGUCAGAAAGCAACAAGAAACCCAUUCAUAUGUACAUCAAUAGCCCAGGUGGUGUGGUGACUGCAGGCCUGGCCAUCUACGACACAAUGCAAUACAUUCUGAACCCCAUCUGCACAUGGUGCGUUGGACAGGCUGCCAGCAUGGGUUCCCUGCUCCUUGCUGCUGGCAGCCCAGGGAUGCGCCAUUCGCUGCCCAAUUCCAGAAUCAUGAUCCACCAGCCCUCUGGAGGAGCCAGGGGCCAAGCCACAGACAUCGCUAUCCAGGCAGAGGAGAUCAUGAAGCUGAAAAGGCAGCUGUACAACAUCUAUGCCAAGCACACCAAGCAGAGCCUGCAGGUGAUCGAGUCAGCCAUGGAGAGGGACCGCUACAUGAGCCCCAUGGAGGCCCAAGAGUUUGGCAUCUUGGAUAAGGUCUUGGUCCACCCGCCUCAGGAUGGGGAGGAUGAGCCAGAACUGGUACAGAAGGAGACCACCACAGCACCAGCGGAUCCUCCUGCCCCAGCAGGCACCUAAGGACUUGACCUCCUCUCCAGGAGUGUGGAGACCAGACUGAGGACUGCUACACUUCCUCUGCUGGGCUAGAAAACCCCUGGAGAAGAUGUGGUUUGAGAUUGCCCUCAAAGCAGGGCAGCCUGCCUGAGACACUGUGAUUUUAAAUUAAAUCUUUGUGGUCUUUGUCCCAUGUCUGAA